AUGGCCGCAAACAAUAGUUUCAUCUCUACUGUAGCCACGGGAUUGCUUCUUAGCUUCCUCAUUGCAGAUGUGGAAUCCAUUGGUGUGUGCUAUGGAAGAGUGGGGAACAAUCUCCCUCCACCUAAUGAAGUCAUCGACCUUUACAAAUCAAAUAAUAUAGGAGGGAUUCGACUCUACGAUUACAAUCCAGAUGUUUUCCAAGCCCUCAGAGGCACAAACAUUGUCGUCACCGUCGACAUCCCCAAUCCCUCGGCUUUCUCGUCUGAUCCCUCUGUCGCUUAUUCAUGGGUUCAGAACUACAUCCAAGCCUUCCCAGAUGUUAACUUCCGUUACAUAGCCGUUGGUAACGAGCUCAUCCCAGGCCCUCUUGCGCAGACCAUUCUCCCUGCAAUGCAGAAUCUACAUAACGCUUUGCAGUCCGCCGGACUUCAUGAUCGGAUUAAAGUCUCAACGUCAAUUUCCACCGAUGUCUUCGGAAACUCCUAUCCUCCAUCUGCUGGUGUAUUUUCCUCAGACGCGCUCGCCACUCUUCAACCAAUUAUCAGUUUCCUCGCUGCAAAUGGCGCCCCACUCCUCGUCAAUGUAUACCCAUACUUCAGCCACAUUGGCGACCCAAAUCAUGUCUCCCUCGACUAUGCGCUCUUUAAUUCACCCAACACAGUUGUCUAUGACGGACAACUGCAAUAUUGGAAUUUGUUUGAUGCAAUCAUUGAUGCUCUCUACUCGGCGCUUGAGAAGGUGGGUGGUGGCGGUGUCACCAUAGUGGUGUCUGAGAGUGGCUGGCCAUCGGAAGGCGGGCAUUCGGCCACGCAACAGAAUGCACAGACCUAUAUCUCCAAACUUAUACAGCAUGUUGGGCAGGGAACGCCCAAGAGACCUGGGAAUUACAUUGAGACAUAUUUAUUUGCCAUGUUUGAUGAGGACCUCAAACAACCACAAGGGACUGAGAAUCAUUAUGGCCUCUUCAAUCCUGGCAAAGAACCCAAAUAUUCUCUCAGCUUUUAAUUACUAUAUUUGGGGCACAGUGAUGAAUCAAUCCUUAA